AUGUUUGUUGUGCAAUUACAAGAAUAUCUUGCUGAACACCCACCAACGCCCACGCCUGCAGAGGAAGCUGCAACUAAAAGAAGAGGUGGAGUUCGUCUCAAGAGACCUUUGGAAGAUGAGAGCCCUUUGAAACAGAGACCGUCAAAAGCAAUUUCCGAAUUUUCUUCUCUGUUCGACACUCCAGAAAAAGGAAAAUGCGCUGUUUGGGGUGAGCUUAGCCCUCAGAAGGCGCUGAAGUCUCCAGCUACGUCAGGCACGCCUAUACGCUCACCGAGAAAGCCACUUAUCCACAAGGAGGUUUUGCUUAAAAAUGUCGAAUGCCUUCUGUUACCUACCCCAGAAAAAAGAUCAAGAGUGGAAGAGUUAAAGCCAUUUGAGCCAGAGGAAGGGCCUUCAAAGAAGAAUUUGGCUGGCGUAGCAAAGAAGGAUGUAGCAGCGGCUUUUGAUCCAGUAUCUGGAAAGGUGAUAAAAAGAGCAUUCAAAAGAUCCGCCCCGAGCGCGGGCCUAAAGAAGAAGAAGGUAGAAGGAAACUUUGUACGAAUCAAUAUGAAGAAGAAAUCCUACUCGAGAGGUAAAGUGUCAGCUGAGCAGAAGCGAAAAAUGCGUCGAAAGCAGAAUUGGAAGAAACGAUUUGGUGGUGGACGUGCGUAG